AUUAACUUCUUUAUUAAUAAAAUGGUGUAAAAUAUGACUAAUAAAUAUGGUAAUACAUCUUUUGUAAUUUUAGUGGUUUUCGUUUUUAUCGCCGCUAUCUUGGAUUUUAUCGGAACCUUCUCAUAUCAUUUAAAUUUUGAAGGAAAAAAUCUCUUCGUUCCUUACUUUUCAGACCGAAAUGUAGUUCCAUUCCCUGUUCUUUUUAGGGAAUUUGACCUUAGCAAUGCAGAUUCCAUCCGCUCAGGAGUUAAACGCUAUCGUGGCUCAAAUGAGCGUUGCUCUCGCAGACUACUUAAAGAAUAUGACAGUUACAGAUAUAAUUUUCAACAUAUUUUUCAAAACGUUCCCAAUCAAUCAUUUGUGGCGAAGUGGGACACACCCCCUGGAUGGUUAUCAUAUACGCCAGUGGAUAAACUAUGCUUAAACUUGUUGGACGCUUAUAGGUUUGAUUAUGUGGUCCAGGACCCUUUACUCGACCAAAAUUCUCAUACUGUUCGCAACAUUUAUACUAAUAAAAUGAGCAAUUUCUAUGAUCUUUUUGAUGGGCUUGAUUUUGCACACGAUAUCAGGCUUUUUAAAUUAAUAUCCUCAUAUCCAACUCUUACCAUUUAUGCUGUUAAAGGCAUUAUGUCCGGUGAUAUGGCCAAUGUUGGAAUGAUAAGUGAUAAUCGCAAGCCUUCUGACCUAAAGCUAGAUCACUCACUAUUUCAAUUUCACAACAAUGGACUCAAAUCUAACCUCAUAGGUGAUGUAACAUGUUAUGAUUUGGCCCCGGGUUCUUUUGAUGUUCAUAUAACCAAUAAGCACAAAAAUACAGUCAAUGAUAUUUACAACGCGGAUCAAAUGGUUUAUGAUAAUUAUACUAAAUAUAUUCCAAGAUCAGAUGUAUUGAUAUUACACUUGGUUGGAGCUGAUCACUUAUCGCAUUGUGGAGGACGUAAUACACGUGAAAUGUCCAACAUCAUGAGCAACUACAACACAUUCGUCAAGGACCUCAUGGACCAGUAUGAAAAAUACAAGAAUUAUAUGAUAUUUUUCUUUGGGGACCAUGGUCAAAAAGAAUCCGGUUCACACGGUGAUGACUCACUUGAGGAGAUGGAGACGUUUUUGAUGGUCAGAAGUGACAUGAGAUUACGAAGUGUUGCGCGUGACUUUUGUCCCAUCUCUGAGACACCCCAGGCCUACCGUUUACACCACUCAGCUUUAAACGGUAACGCACAACUCUCAUUCGAGUAUGAAAGACACUUUACACAGGAUAUUUGUACUACCUCAUCAUUUCUCACUAACGUACCCGUUCCAUUCCACUCUGUAGGCUCCGUGAUACCUAAUUCAAUCCCACUGAUAAGGGACAAUAAUGGCAACAUUGACUAUGGACUUUCAGACAAGUAUCUGGUUCAGCUGUACCACGUCAAUGUACAUCACAUUUUAAGGAUUCUAGACCUUUUGACACAGAACGAAGACUUUAAACUUGAUCAAAAGAUGUUUGACAGAGUUUUCAAAAAUAGAUUACAACUGGUUAAUUUGUAUACUCUUUUAAGGUUAUUCGAUGCUAACAAAACAAACACUAGCGAUGGUCUGAAAACAAACGGUGAAAAUAAACUAAAAAGUAAAAUAUAUAAUACAAUAAGUAGUAAUAAGGGGAAUUUGUAUAAUGAAUAUAUCAAAAUGUGUAAAAUAAUAAUUGAGGAAUCGGCGGAAAUAAUAAGAUUAUCAGCAAGAUCGUUCACAUUUCACUACCUUUACAUUUCAAUAAUUAUCAAAUACGUUUCAAUUGUCAUACUAGUUUACUCAAUUGCAGCCUCACACUAUUUCAUAGUCAACAACAGGGAUUUUGUCCGUAAAAUCUUACUCAAACUAAUAACGAAUUUACUAUUGACAUCAGUUGUAAGUUGUGUGUUUGGAGUAAAAUUGGAUAAGAAAAUUGAUUUACAUUAUGUGAAAUUCAGAUUAGUCUGGCCAUUGGGAGUGAUAAAACCCUUGUUUACGAAGUCACAGACUUUCACAAGGUUCAUUUCUAACUUUUUUGUUAUCGAAGACUUCGAUUUAUACCUACACUUUUCCAUACUCUUCAUGGUCACACUAACUGUUAUAUUUCUCAUCCACUUAGUGACUUUCUUCAUCAGCUACAUUAGACUACGCAGUGACACCGUUAGUGUGGAUAUAGCUGAUACAGAAGACACUGAAGAUAAUUCACAGUAUAGCAGUGAACACACUACUGAUGCUACGGAUAACACUAGUGGCAGCAAUGUUGAUGCGAGAAUGAAUGAAUUGAGUAGAUUUAUGUAUAACAUUGGAAAAAUUAACUUCAAGAGUAUAAUAUUAGUGUUCUAUGGUAUCAUAUUCGUGUUGGUGAUCGUGUCGGAAUGUGCACUGUACUCACAUGACACGAUUUCAAGGCACGAGUUCGUGAUUUUCAUGUUAAUUGAAACUUUGCCAUUUUUGCUGCAGAAUUAUAACACUCCACGAUGUAAAAUGGUGGUUAAACAUUUGGUGGUGUUAUUUGUGUUUUUAAAGUUGUCGUCACUGUUCCACGACUACAGGUUGUUCUUCUAUUCCUCAGACUUACCGUCAGCUAACUGGCUGAGGAAGGAGUACUUUCUAGGUUUGUUUGAGGUCGGAGCCAUUUCCCUUACCGUGUACUACCUUAUGUUACUGAGGGUCUUAAAGAAGUUCACAAGCCCUGACAAAAUAGGUUUAGAAAAAUUUGACUACACAAUUUCAGAGUGUGUGAAAGUGUUUAAACCCAUUAAACUGAUGAAACUAGUCUUCACGUUCAACUACGUACUAAUAUUAGUGAAUUACGGCUUAACCACACAGAGGUCACUGUUAGGGCUUGAUAAGUUUAUCCAUAAUUUACACAACGCAUAUAAUAUGAAGUUGUUUAUAAGCACCUUGUUAGCGUGGGCAGUGCUGAUAAUAUUCUUAGUCACUACAGUAUUAAUGAUGGUAAACCCCAGGAAUAAGUUUUUUGAGCCUGGAGAUUACCGAUUUAGUAGUUUCCUUUUGUACAGUAUAUUCAACAUAUCGUAUUUGUUACUUCUAAUUUGUGGGCAGAAAAAGGCCUUUCAGACAGUUCUAUCGCUAAUUAUUCUCUAUAAUUGCUGUAAAAUAUUAGUUAAUACCACGAGUGGAUUUCACCUGUCACACUCCCUUUUGUUGCAGUCGCUGGCUGACGCGGCUUAUUUUGCCGUAGGAAACAUUGACACCUUUUUAAACUUGAACUUCCAAACUGGGUUUGUUUUCGUUAACACUUACCACCAGCUGAUAUCCGACUCUUCUGUCCUGUUCGAGGUCAUGUCCAUCCACAUGCUCUUCUCAAUUGUUCUGAUGUUUAUAUUUUACAGUUUCAACAACUUACAGUUUACUGAUCCUUUGGUGUUAAUGGACACUGAGCGCUUGGACUCUAUGGAAUCAGGCCUUAAAUUCACCGGACAGGAUCAUGAGGUUGAUUCCAAGAAAAUUUACACACUAAAAAAUAUUAUACACAUCAUUACAAUGUAUAUAUUGUUGGUAUCUGCGUUGGGGGUAUCGGUGUUGGUGGUAAUAAUGAAGUUACAUCAAGUCCCAUGCAUAGCGUUUCGAUCGUUUCCUAAGGCGUUGUUUGUGUUGGGAAAGUCAACUGCGAUGAUUGUGACUCAACUACUCCUGUUCCUACUUGGAGCCAUUUACUAACUGUAACAUAUCUCAAUGUAGUUUUAUAAUA